AUGUCCACUUCUCCUUCUGACAUACCGACUCUUUUCGACUUGUACUCUUCGGGAGCAAUCAAGGAGGAAGGAAGUGGAGCGAGAUAUGGUGUAGACGAAGCUAUAAUUAAGAGGGUGAGCAUUUGGAGAGGUGAUAUUACUAAACUCGAGGCAGAUAUGAUAGUGAACGCGGCGAAUUCAUCCCUUCUCGGUGGAGGAGGAGUUGACGGAGCUAUUCAUCGAGCUGCAGGAGGAGAAUUAUUGGACGAAUGUGAAGGUUUGGGUGGUGCCAAGACUGGUGAAACGAAAAUCACCAAGGGGUACAAGCUACCUUCGAAAUGGGUAGCGCAUACCGUUGGACCAAUUUACUCUUCAUCACGAAAGGAAAAGUGUGCCGAACAGCUAAAAUCAUGUUAUUCUACUUCAUUGGAAUUAUGUAAAUCUCACGGGGGUGGUUCUAUUGGAUUUUCAAGUAUCUCAACUGGAGUUUAUGGAUAUCCAAUCAAAGACGCUACUAGAAUAGCACUCGAUACCACUCGAAGAUUCUUAGAGAACGAUGACACAGUCACUCGAGUAAUAUACGUUGUUUUUUCAGCUAAAGAUGAAGAAGUGUACAAAUCCCUUGCACCUGAAUAUUUCCCUCCUUCAGCUGGGAAUUAA